UUUCCGCCACUGAGACAUUCAUUACUGAGCCCCUCUCAGGAAAACUGGUCAAAGUUCACCAGACUGAGACGUCACUUACUUUAAAAUGGCGGACAAUGGAACCGUUCAGCUGGUAACGCCGACGAUAAGUGUUGAAUGCGCGGAAAACGGAGCUGAGGCGAGCGCGGGGAGAGAUCGGGAGAGUUCCGGGAGCAAACGGCACUCUGUGUACUCCACGUCAGGCCGCAGCAGACAGACCAGCACCUCGGGAUUCCACAGGACGGCUAGUGCUGCAGGUCGACUUGAGUCUCAGCUCACCUCCAGUGAGGAAUGCAUCACACCUGUACCGGAAGACAGGUCAGACCCUGGAGGCCCUAUCAGUAAGAAGCUGAAAAGCCCCCGUGUGCCACACAGCAAGCACUCGUCUGCUGAUGAGGGCCCCAGCAUGGUAGAGAAGGGGACCAGUGGUGACCGUACUCCCGAGAUGCCUGAGAGGGCACACUCAGGCCAAAAGGGCAACAGAAGUAAUGGCAAAAACUCUAAGAAAUCAUCAAAUUGGUACAAUAUGCUGCAUCCAACAUACAAGUCAAAGUGUGAAGAUUUCCACAAGCUUUUCAAGCAUCUGCCCGAAACAGAAAGAUUACUUGUAGACUACUCCUGUGCCCUGCAGAAGGACAUCCUGGUCCAUGGCAGACUUUAUCUCACAGAAAAUUGGGUCUGCUUUUACGCCAACAUCUUUAGAUGGGAGACUUUGCUGACAAUCAGAUGUAAGGACAUCACCUCCAUCACCAAGGAGAAAACUGCCAAAGUCAUACCCAACGCCAUCCAGAUCUGCACAGAAAACGAGAAGCAUUUCCUGACAUCCUUCACCCAACGAGACAGUGUCUACAUGAUGAUCUUCAGGAUUUGGCAGAAUGCCUUACUGGAAAAGCCACUCAGCCCCUCCGAACUGUGGCAGUACUUCAAACUGACCAAUGGGGAGAUGGACUUCAGUAGUGAGGAGGAGGACUCAGCAACAGACAGUAAGAGCACAGCAGAAAAUGAGAAUGACAUCGUGGAAGAAUCAGUCGCUGAUGUCAAGGAUGACAAUGAUGAUGCCACAGAGGACUUGAAUGCAAAGAAAGGGGAGGGCAGCACUGGGAGCAGGACUCCACAGAGAGCGGCCAGCCCCAUCCCCAGCCCUGCCAGCAGUGAGCCCUCACGCCUCAGCUCUGUGGACUCACCUAUGAGUGAUGAUCCUCCCAGUUUGCCGAUUGGUCGUUCCUCACCCCCCACCCCACAGAGCACCUCCGAGCAGGCCGAUAUUUCUCAGGCAGACACCAUAGCUGAUGAAACCCUCCCUCAGGACUCCAUGAAGGACGACUACAUAUCAACCGAGGAGAGCGAUACAUCUGAGACAGAGGAUGACGAUAUUGGAGAGGUGGUUUGCCCUUAUAAUGACCUUGUGGGCAGGAAGUGCAUCAAUGAGGUUUACAACAUUCCUGUGGACAAGCUGUACGAGAUGCUCUUCAGUCAAGAGUCCGACUUCUUCCAUGAGUUCCAUGCCUCCAGAAAAACAUUCGACAUGGUGAUUGAACCUUGGCAGGAUAGAGAAGAUGGGGACCAAACCAGACAGCUGACAUACACCCUCACUCUCAACGCUUCCUUUGGACCAAAAACAUCUGCUUCUACAGAAACACAGAUCUCUCACGACAGUAAACCUGGGCUGUUCUAUGUGGUGGACUGUGAAAUCGUCAAUGGUGGGAUUCCAUAUGGGGAGAACUUUUACGUCCUGAACAGAUACUGCCUUAACAGAGUAACUAGCUAUCAAAGCAGACUCAGGGUAAGCAGUGAAAUCAAGUACAGGAAAACUGUUGGGGGCUUGGUUCAGAAUAUCAUAAAAAAAGAAUGCUGGUUCAUGGAAUUCUGGAAAAACUUUAAGCAUUUAGGUCGGCAUUUAGACAAAGUGUCUGACGCCUGCCAGCCUCCAACUCCCAGGAAAAAGGGUCUGACCAGCAGUGUACGGCGGAGAAAACGAACGUCCAACUACACGUACCAGCCACGCCCACCGGAGAUCUCCAUCACAGGACCACAGUCUGCAGCCGCACCCAACCCCAGCCUGGUCAGCAUGGCCCCAACCCUCACCAGAAUCCGUAAGCACAGCGGAAGUGAGAGUCACAGAGGUGCAGGCAGGUUGGGAGAGAAUGACCCCUACAGGAGGCUACAGGCAGAGACCCGGGAGGACCUAAGCCCCAGCCAACCAUGGCCCAUAGAUGUGGAUGCACACAAGUGUCUCCUGGCUAUCUGUAUCAUUCUGGUGUGCCUGUUACUGCUGAACCUGCUGGUCAUGUACAGAGUCUGGUCACUAGAACGUGCCACCAGCAGCCUGCAGCCAUGGCCUGCUAAAGAUGUCAGUUGGGUCAGUAACACCCCCAGGAGUCCGGAGGAGUGGAUCCAGCUCCUCCAGCAGCAGCAGCAGUUCCACGAGGCGGAGCUGCACAGGUGGCGCGAGGUGCUGGCCACGUCCGUCACGUUAUUAGAUCAGAUGCGAGCUUCCUUGUCAGGACUCUCUCAUGAUGUCAAGACAAAAGUAGACAAUCCCGAAACCCCUGUAGGCAGCAGUGAUAAGGACUUGUAACACGCACAGAGACUCUUCAACUUGCUGCCACCUUUGGAAGUGUUCACAGCUUACGUCAUGGUUUACGCCAAUGUACCAUUGGGACUCUGGAAAGUCCCACAGCUUCACUGAAAAUUUGUCUGGAUUUGGCAAGUUUUGAAUAAAAUAGUAUUUUUUCCAUAACAUGAUGUGACAACUUCAAUAUAAGUGCUGGUCAUGACUCACCCCCUCUGGACUGAAGCUGACUCUUCUGGCCCAUUGCAGAGUUCAUGGUCUUUGCUAACUGACUGAAAGACAGAUCAGAGUUCACAAAGUUUUGUGGAAUUUCGUUUGCAAAAGUUAUGGAGGACAUAUACAAAGGUAUACACCUCCCGCAUCACACCCACCAGAAGCUACAUGUCUUGUACACCUAUAUCAAACCAUGUGGCCUGCUUGUAACCCAUAUAAGAGGCUGAUGCCCCCUGGCACCAUGGCACAUACUCAUAACCAAAACCCAGUAUUGAAAGCCAAGCUGUCUGCCCACUCAAGUAAAACUUAGGUAGACCAGCUAUGGCAAACAGAUAGAUGCUGCUGAGAGGGUCCUUCUAGAUGUAUUGCCAUUUAUCAAAGAUGUAAAUAUUGAUAUGGAGAUUGCAUUUUUCAAAGUAUAGUAAUGAUAUUAACUUAAAGAAAGAUUUAAAGAUGUCUAUUGCACUUGUAUACUAAACCUUUGAAAUGCUGCAAUGUUUGAACUUUCACUCUGCACUUGUGGUGAAAGAUAUUGUGUAUACUUUAUGUCAUAGAGUAGGCUUUCUUAAGAAAGUUUCCUGGUCAUUGCCACCUACAAACCCAUAUAAGAAACCUCAUGAGCUGAAUAAACAAUACUUCUGUAUGGCUCCUCCUUUUACUGGAAAGUCAAGAGACCUUUGAGUACUUUCAUCAGGUUGGUAGAUUCAUGCACAACCAAAUUCUUCUUACCUGCCAACUUUCUGCCCAGUCAUUCUAGCCCUAAGGAACAUAGCAAACAGACUAUUGAAAUGUUGGCAAAUAACCUUUACUCAAGUAUCCAAACUUGUGUUAUAUUUAUCAUCAACUUAUAGUUUUGUGUUGUCUGUUGUACAUCUACAUGUAAUUCAUGCGUUGUCAUCAUCCAGAUAUAUUUGAUCAUGUUGCCAACAUUUGAUAUAAAUACUCCCAGAGUGUUGUGUUGUAGUGUAGCAAAGUUGUGCUGUGAAAUUGCUGCAUGUUUUGAUGAUGCUUGCAGUUGUGAGCUGAUUUUGUAGUCAUUAUAAGUUCUACAGCAGCCUUUGCUGACCAAUUACGUGGACUUCUCAUCUUUGAUGUGUGUGUAGUAGUUUUACUGACAUGGUACUUACACUUGUAUCCAUGUCAGGUCUGAGCAUUUACACUGAAGUUGUGUGAAUACAAUAGUACAAAGUAAACAUAAAUAUGUAUGUAACAUACAUCUGAACCUUUUUGUCAUAUAAUUGUAUUAUCACUUGUGUGUGUGUUUGUAUCCAAGUCAAGUUGAUCCCUAUACAUUAUGUUUGUGUUUACACGCUGUGUGUGUUAACACUUGUACUGCAAUCACAAUCUGCUUGUAUGUGUAUAUGUAUGUGUUUGUUUACACACUGUGUGUGUUAAAACUCAUAAUGUUGUAUCAAAAAUAACUGUGAGUUGUGCCAAUUGUAGCAUUUCCAAGUUACUCCAGAGCUUAUUUCCUUGGAACUUAUGCCUUGGUUUCUCGUUCUGUUUUCAUUUAAGGUUUCUGUGCAAGUAGAAGUCACAGAAGUUGCACAUUUAUAUGAAAAGGAAGUAGAAACUCCUGUACAUGUACAGGCACUGUUUGUAUGUAAUAUAUAGACUUCUAGAACUCUUAAUCAUUCCUUCAGCACAGGUGCUGUUAAGAAUGCCUCACCUAUCUAUGUUUUAGAAAGAAGAGUAGAAAUACCACCAUAGAGUGCAAUUAGUACAUGAUAGACAUGAUAAGCUCUUUCUCAAUUUUAAACAAGUGAAGUGACAGUUGUCUCCUAUCUUUGUAGUUCACACUGAAGUCAACAAGAUCUCGAUUAUCACUUAUGAAACUGAACGUUUUUGUUGUUGACGGUAGUAAGGUAGAACUGUACUUGAGUCUGGUUGUGUUGUAGAUGACCUUAGUUUUUGUCAGUAGACAAGAUGGCACUUAACUUAGCCUGUAAGUUUGUCUGUAAACUGUAGAUGAGUUUUCAGAAUGCCAACACAGAAAGUGCAAUAUUGCUGUAUAUGUUGGGAUCAUGGGUUUCAAGCAAGAGAGACUGUGAAUUACUUUUUGUUUCACAAAAUCUGUACUUUCAUUAGAAGGUAUUAGUUAUAAACUAUAGUGUUGUUGAGGAUCUAAGUAAGAAAGACUGCCCAUCGUUUUUCUAUCUUUUCAGAAUUGUUAAAAAUGUUGAAAUAUAGGAAUGAAUAGUAACAAAUCAAUGGUUAGAAUAAUGAGCACUCCUUGUACCCAUUGAUGAAUACAUGUGAGUGUAAAACUGAGGGUGCAACUUCCCACAAUGUCUGAUCCCACAUCUAUUAUCUGGAAUCUGGAAAACAAUAUUUUUUAUUGAGGAUGUAAUCUUGAUGUUUGAUGUCUACCUGUAAAAGCACAUGUCACACAAAGGCUGCCUUGACAGGAGUGAUUACAGUAACCCAUAUGCACGGGAAGUCUUCUCUCAAUCCAGGAAUAAUCAUUGUUCAACCAGCAAGACAAGAUUCUUCCCUCCUAUGUACUUUGAUAUUGUCAUGCAUGACUUGCUGACUAGUAAAUGCUGUCAGCCGUGGGAUCCCUGCAGAAGCUAACACCAACACCCUGUAUCCUCCCAGCCCCACAGUAAAUACAUGACUUGUAUGUUGAAGAUUGUUUAUAAAGGAUUCUGUUGUGAGUAGGCGUAUGUGAAUACUGGAAAGGCAGUUGAAAUUGUCUGAAAACGGUUUCAUAUGUCUCAAUUAGGAUGUCAGUCCUUCCCUUUCCCCAUGAUGUACCACAGGAUAGCACAAGUUGUCUUUAUUUGCACAUCGUAUUGGCAAUAGUCCAACUUUCUAGUAUACCAUGUUUCUUAGAAAUUACUAUAUGUAGAUAUUGGUAUGAUGAGUCAAGCUGGUCACACAAGGGACAUGCUGCUAAAAUACAGAGUUGAUUGGAGUUACACCUAAAGGGCAGUAGAAACUACAUGUACAGCACUAAAGGUUUUUUUUUAAUGUUAUAUUAACGUAAUGAUAUGGAUAAUUUUAAGAUUGGGUGUCAUUGAGAGUUAUGAAGAAACAUAGUGGAAGAUUUGAUGACAGCAGACAUCAACAAGUAGACAUUGAUUUUCCAGUUCUUAACAUUUGAGUCUGAGAAACAAGCAAUGAUAUCGAUAGACGGGAGAAUAUUUUAGAUACAGAAUUGUGUGAUCAUAUUCUUAAUUAUUCAGAUAAAAGAUGGCUGUGUUUAUAAGAAUGCUGGUGGCAUUCUCUGCAGUCAGUUCAUUUUCCUUGUACCCGUGACAGUUAUGUGUUUUCAUUUCCGUGCAUUGAAGUACGGAAAAAAUCCUCUUCUGAUAUUAUACUUGUUGUUGCACUCUGAGAUGACAAUAUAAUGAAUAAAGUUUACAACGAUGGGGAAGAAAGGAAACUA